UUUCUUGGAAAACAUAAAAUUGUUAACUGCGGAUGGAUAUGGGGUUUCAAAAUCAAGCGUCUUUUCUUUAGCAGUCCGUUGGCGCGGAGUCUGCGGGUUGGCUGUCCUACGAAAGAAUCUGUGUACCAGCUGAGCACCGGCGUCUACCUGUGCAUGGACAAAUACUACGGGAGCGGCCUAUCGGUCGAAGGCUUCCACCAGGCGCUCCGCCAGUUCCUGGACAACGGGAAGGGCCUGAGGCGGGAUCUCUUUGAGCCGAUCAUAAAUAAUCUCCGCAGACUGAAGGUGGUGCUAGAGAGGCAGGAGUCCUACAGCUUCUACUCUUCCUCGCUGCUCAUCAUCUACGGGGGAAAGCCAACAGUGCGCCUGGUGUGCCUUAUAUAUGGACCAGUAUUGAGCCACAACAGUUCUCGCAACUACGGAGUCUGAAGGCACCCGGCCCUGGGCAGAGCGCCGCCCCUGCAGACAUUCACGCCGCUCCCUCUCCUCACUCAGACAUUUCCAGAGAAACGGACUUCAACCAGAACCAGGACUCGGACCUGGAGCCCCUGUCCUCUCAGGGACCCGGACAUUCGCCCGCCCCCCUUCCUGCCCAGCGUGACGGACUCCUGCCCCCUUUGUGCCCUGCCCCCCCGUCAAAAUGUCCCUCCCCACCGCUGCCUUAGCAGCCCCCUCUGGUGGACAUUCGAAUGAUUAAUUUUGCCCACUCCACCUACAGGGGUUUUCUCAACGACAAGGUGUUGCACAAAGGCCCGGACCUACCUGGCUUUGGCUACCUGUUCGGACUGGAGAACCUGAUCCAUAUUCAGAUGGAGCAUCCAUCAGAGCAUCCAGAACCAGGGGAAGGUCCCAUGACGGAGCCAGGGGUUUUGAGACAGGAAGCCGACGACAAACUCCCUUCAUAAACCGGCAAACCAAGGGGUGCUGUCCCACAUUUUUCCCACCAAAACCAACAUGGCAAGCUGAGAUCGCUGCCAAGUACACUUUUAUGGUGGAAAAAGCCUUACCCUUAUCCAGCAGGUCCUGCAGGAAAGUCAAAAUGGUAACUACAGAGCACUGAAUGGGUAUUUCAUGUGCUUCUGCACACCAUUUUUCAAAUAUGGCCCAUUUGCAGUCAUACAGAGACCUGGUGGCGGGGGCCCUCGCACUCUGGAUCGUCUCAAUAACAUUGUGUGGGAGACCUACAGAGUGUAAAUUGAACCACUCACAGGCCAGGCCCAUAGUGCCAGUCUUCCCCCCCUGCCUGAGACAACAGGUCCCGCUGCAGAGGUAGAGGCCAUGGUUCUCCCUGGAGAAGCUGGAUUAUCUCUGCCAACCAGUCCUUCGAUGGCCAGUGAGGUUCAAUGAGAAUCAUUGACAAACCUUCGGCUCGAACUCUGGCUAUCGUCGGCAGAAUGAGGGCUACAGGAAGGAAUGCAUACAGGAGAGCUCGGGGUCACUGGUGGGAGAGAGCAUCCGCCCCCAAAGGUGCUUCCCAGUCAUGAAGGGAGAAAAACGGAGGACACUGUCGGUUUUCCCGAGACGCAAAUAGGUCUAUUGAGGCCUGCCCGUAACGCAGCCAGAUCAUCCUGACUACCUCGGGGUGAAGUCUCCAUUCUGCAUACGGAGGGUUUCCCCUGGAGAGAAGGUCUGCUCCCCGGUUUAACACUCCUGGGAUAUGAGUGGCCCUUAGUGACAGAAAAUGAUUGCUGCUCCAAGUGACCAGCUUGUGGGCCAGCAUAUGAAGAUGAUGGGAUCUUAGACCCCCUUGUUGGUUUAUGUAUGCCACCACAGUUGUGUUGUCUGUCUGAACUAAUACGUGAUGACCCUUUAGGAAAAGGAGGAAAUGUUUCAGUGUCAGAACAGCCAGCAGUUCCAGAUAAUUUAUAUGGAACACACGCAUGUGUCUGUCCCAUGUCCUAUUCACUGAUUUCCCUUCGAAGAUCCCCCCGCAGCCUGACAGGGAGGCAUCUGUGGUCACCAUUUUUCUGCUCUGUAUAGUUCCCAUGGGAACACCCUGAGUUAGGAAGUGUACACUUCUCCAGGGACGUAGAGUUGCUUUGCAGGUGGCUGAGACCCUCACUCUGUGGGGCGCUGUAAGCCAACCAUCUGAGAGGCCACCCAACGUUGGACUCCCCUCAUAUGAAGGCGGCCUAGUGGGACAACGUCCAAAACUCAGGCCAUUAGACGCAGUAAUUGUCUGCACAGACGGGGAGACACAAAAUUUCCCUUGUGAAACAGGGACAUGCAGUUGAUAAGUAAUUUUACUCUGUCCUCUGUGAGUUUCGCUCUGACCUGGGCAAAGUCUAGAAACAGACCGAUAAAAGAGAUUCUUUGACAGGGAAAUGGGAUGAACUCACAAUCAUUCACUAGUGCAAAUAAAUACAUAAAUCUGCAUAAAUAUUUGCAAUCUUCAAAAA